AUGUUUAAUAGACUGAAAGCAAGAUUCACCAAAGUGAAGCAAAAGCCAGAGGAGGAAAAGUCCAAGGAUGAAGAGGCCCCUCCUAACCCACCACCCCAACAGCCGCCACUCACAGGGCAGGGUGAAAAUAAAAACAAAAAUGAGGCACAGAAAGGCAAGACCGCUAAUACUGCACAACCGGAACCAAAGCAACAAGAUGUAGACACAGCUCCAGCAAAAUCACCUGUGUCCCGAAAGACUGAAAAGUCAGCAGAACCAACUGGGACAAUUCAGGAACAGAGUCAACAGCCCAAUAAUGACAAAGAUGAGGAUGCUAACUCAUCUCAAGGCCGGGUUGUAAGUGAGUAUACUGAAACCCAGCUGCAAGAGAUUGUCAAAAAAAUGAGGGCAAGGACAUCGGUCUAUAAAGAAAAACUGACUGACCCACUACUGUCCUCUCCUGAGGGCAGUCCUACAGCUUCUCCAUCAAAAAAGAAACCUCUGCCCCCACCCCCACCAAAAGAAGAGAAAAAAGAUGAAGAAAAGAAAGAGGAUGCCAAGCCAGAGGAUCAUUACUGCAACAUGCUGUGCUGUAAAUUCAAGAAACCACCAUUGAAAGAAUACCUGAAGAAGAUGGAGCUACCAGACAGUAUAGAUGCAUACACAGAUCGCCGCUAUGUAGUGUGGCUCCUGAUCGUUACCAUUGCUUAUAACUGGAACUGCUGGUUCAUUCCACUGCGCUGUGUGUUCCCAAUACAAACACCAAGCAACAUAUUCUAUUGGAUCCUUGUAGACACCAUUUGUGAUAUUUGCUACUUGUGUGAUAUGUUGGUGUUCCAGCCCCGAAUGCAAUUUGUAAAAGGUGGCGAUAUAAUAUCAGACAAAGUAGAAAUGAAGAAAUACUACCAGAAUUCUCUGAGGUUUCGGCUUGAUGUGGCAUCAAUAAUACCAUUUGAUGUUUUAUACUUCAUCUUUGGGUUUAACCCAGUGUUUAGAGCAAACAAGGUGUUAAAGCAUAUGACCUUCUUUGAGUUCAAUGACCGGUUAGAAGCUAUCCUGGAUAAAGCAUACAUCUACAGAGUCAUUCGAACAACUGGAUACCUGCUGUUUAUCUUGCACAUUAAUGCAUGUAUUUAUUACUGGGCCUCAGACUUUGAAGGAAUUGGCAGCACCACAUGGGUGUAUGAUGGCAAAGGAAAUAUGUAUCUGAGGUGUUACUACUGGGCAGUGCGCACUUUAAUUACCAUUGGUGGCCUUGCGGAACCGCAAACCCUCUUUGAGAUAAUCUUUCAACUACUGAAUUUUUUCCUGGGUGUCUUUGUGUUCUCCAGCUUAAUUGGUCAGAUGCGGGAUGUAAUUGGAGCAGCAACAGCAGGACAGAAUUACUACCGUGCCAGCAUGGAUAACACCGUCUCUUACAUGAACACCUAUACAAUUCCAAAAGUAGUUCAGAAUCGUGUUCGAAGCUGGUACGAAUACACAUGGGACUCUCAAGGAAUGCUGGAUGAAUCAGAAUUACUGGAGCAGAUGCCAGCCAAAAUGCAGUUAGCCAUUGCAAUUGAUGUGAACUUUGCCAUUGUCAAUAAAGUUGACUUAUUCAAAGGGUGUGAUACUCAAAUGAUUUAUGACAUGCUGCUGAGACUGAAAUCCAUUGUGUAUUUACCUGGUGACUUCGUCUGCAAAAAGGGAGAGAUUGGCAGAGAGAUGUACAUCAUCAAGCAGGGAGAAGUUCAAGUGCUUGGAGGCCCAGACGGCACAAAAGUCCUGGUUACCCUGAGAGCAGGAGCUGUAUUUGGAGAGAUAAGCUUACUAGCGGCAAGUGGAGGAAAUCGGCGGACCGCUAACGUGGUGGCACAUGGAUUUGCCAAUCUCUUUAUUCUAGACAAGAAGACCCUCAAUGAAAUCUUGGUGCACUAUCCAGACUCUGAAAAGCUCCUGAUGAAGAAGGCUAAGGUGCUACUGAAGGAGAAGGGUAAGCCCACUGAAGAGCCACAAGCACAAACAAAAGGCUUGACCAGUCUCUUUGCACCAAAACCAGAAACUCCCAAACUAUUCAAAGCAAUGUUUGGAGGGUCAGGAAAAGGAGGCCUCGCUAUGCUGCUCAAGAUGAAGCAACAGCAAGCUGCUCAGGAAAAAACUGAAGAAAUGAAACCUGAGCCAGAGGAAAAGAAACCUGAACCAGCACCAGAACCCACAGCCCCACCUAAACCAUCAGUGGAAAAGGAAGAGUCAGUUGCAAAUUUUCAACCUCCACCUAAGCCAGUUCUGCACAGAGGAACCACUAACAAGUCUCUUGUCAUCACCAUGGCUCCUUCCCCCAUAGCAGGAGAAGGAGAGGUUCUCACUGUUGAGGUCAAAGAAAAGAGACAGGAGUAGAUGGUGGACUGGGUUGUGGUCAUACCUAGAAUCUUUCUGAGGGGAGAAAGGGCAUGGUAUAGCUUUGAGUCAGAGUGCAGAACUAUUCUCUUCCCUCAUCCCACAGAGAGAAUGUACUUUGCCUCCAGACCUUGAUUGUGGAAUAUUACAUUUUGUGUAGCAAAGUAAUUAGAGCACAGAUUGCACCCUUACGCCUAUUUAUUUCUUGCUUCCUCCAUGCUCUCACUCAUCUCUUACUCCUUGCCCCUACUUCUCCUUACCCCUCUCUUCCUAGUUCUCUCUUUCUUAUUACUCUUCCUCCUGGUUUUCCUCUUGAUUAGUUUGAUCUUUGUUUAUAUGUGUCUCUUUUUCUAUUUUCUAUUCUGGUUUCCUAU